AUGGCUCAGUUUAUGGAAGUCAUGCAAGGCAUGGCUAAUCGCCAAGAAGAGCUCAGAAUCCGAAUGGACACAGUUGCUCAGGUUGUGGCGGACCCCCCGCAAAGAAAUUCUGCUGAUAUCCGUGUCAAUGGUGAACCUGUGAACGGAGGACCUGGUGUAAUUCCUCCUGCUGCCAAUCAAGGUAAUCCUCGUGGGCCUCCCCAGCCUACUCUUGAAGGACAAACUACACAACAAAUCAGAAGGGCUGCUGCUAUCCCCGUGUUGGAAGAGGACCGACACAAAGAUUUGUUUCCUGAAAUUCCUGGCGUCCGUGUGCCACCGAAGUUCAAGGUACCUGACUUUGAAAAAUACAAGGGGAAUACCUGUCCUAAGACACAUGUCCGAGCUUACUAUCGCAAAAUGCAUGUGUACUCUGAGGACGAAGGACUGUUGAUGCACUUCUUCCAAGAUAGCCUGACUGGGGCGUCCUUGGAAUGGUACAUGAGAUUGGAGAGGGCUAAUAUCCGAAGUUUGAGGGACCUAGUUGAGGCCUUCAUAAAGCAGUAUCAGUAUAAUGUUGACAUGGCACCAAAUCGCACUCAGUUACAAAAUCUGGCCCAGAAAAACAAUGAGUCUAUCAAGGAGUAUGCGCAGAAAUGGCGCGAGUUGGCGGCUAGAGUCCAACCGCCCAUGCUGGAAAGAGAGAUGAUGGACAUGUUCACUAACACUUUAGAGGGCCAAUAUUACUCCGCCUGCUCUGCAUCUUCGAGAUUCGCCGAUUUAGUUAUGAUUGGUGAACGAAUUGAAAGUGGAAUUAGGGCUGGUAGAAUACAGAAUCCAAGUGCUGCUAGUUCCUCCUCUAGGGCUAAUGGAAAGAAGCCAUACAAUGGGUUUUCCAAGAAAAGAGAUGGCGAGACUAGUGCUGCUCACCAUGGGGGAGACAGAAACCAGGCUUAUCAACAAGUAGCCGCUGUGACCAUACCGAAUGCUCCUCUUCAACAACAACAACAACAACAACAGAGGUAUCCUCCGUGUCAGUAUCAGCAAAAGCCGAGGGCACCAAGAAAUUUUGAUCCCAUACCUAUGACAUAUGCACAACUACUUGCUCAUCUUUUACAUCGUGAGUUGGUGCAACUUCGUACCAUGGGCCCUCCACCUGCUAAGCUCCCUCCUAACUAUGAUGCAAAUGCUCACUGUGAUUUUCAUUCUGGGGCUGCUGGUCAUGAUAUUGAACAUUGCAUAGGAUUCAUGCAUAAAGUACAAGAUCUGAUCGAUUCAAAGGCUAUUAUGUUCACCCCUACUCAAGGACCUAAUGUUGUCCAGAAUCCUAUGCCUCCUCAUGGAGCUCACGCUACAAAUGCCAUCGAGUUUGCUGAAGACACUCGCUUGGUCAAGGAUGUGAUCGAAUUGGGCUCUCUGUUGCCAUUAUUGAAGAAGGAAUUAUUGAGGAUGGGUCUAUACUCUAGUUGUGGAAAAUUCUGUACUGAUUGCAUGGCCGUUUCCUCAGUUUAUGAUAAGGUGAAAAGUGGGGUUCAACAAUUGAUAAAUAGUGGGUAUCUACAGUUUGAGCGUGUGCGACGUCCUGAAAGGGUUGAAAACGAAAUUAAUGUGGCAUCCAUUCCGUAUACUCCUGCCAAGAUUCCAAUUCCUGCCAGAGCACCUCCUCUGGUUAUUACAUUGCCUGGUCCCGUCCCGUAUACUAGUGAAAGAGCAAUCCCAUGGAAUUAUGGGGGAGAAGUGUUCUACCAAGGGGCCAAAUAUGAGAUUAAAAUGCCAGUUGAGAAAGAAGAUGUGGAUAAUGUUGUUGGCAUUGGAAGAAUGACAAGGAGUGGUCGUAUUUUCAAUCCUCCCCAAAAUGCUCGCGAUGAUAAUGCAGAAGCCCUAUUGCUUUUGUGUUCGGAGACACAUCGAAAUGCUUUGUUGAGACUCCUAAGUACUGCCUUUGUCCCUCCGGAGAUCUCCGUGAAUCAACUUGAAGGAGUAGUGUCAAACAUCAAUGCUGGUAAUGGAUUGGGAUUCACUGAUGCAUACUUGCUUUCCGAAGGCAGAAACCACAAUAGAGCUUUGCAUAUAUCAGUGGAGUGUAAAGGGACUAUGUUAUCACGUGUUCUCGUGGAUACUGGAUCUUCUUUGAAUGUAUUACCGAAGUUUUCCUUGAUGAGGCUAGAUUACUCUGGCGUUGAGAUAAGGCCGAGUGAAUUGACAGUAAGAGCCUUUGAUGGCUCAAAGAGAUUAGUGUUUGGGGAGGUUGACUUGCCAAUAAUGAUAGGCCCUCAGCUCUUCACUAUCACAUUCUUCGUGAUGGAUAUCCACCCGUCCUACAGUUGUCUCCUAGGACGCCCAUGGAUCCAUGCUGCUGGGGCUGUGACUUCCACAUUACAUCAGAAACUCAAAUUUGCGACUCAAGGAAAGAUAGUCACAAUAUGUGGGGAAGAACACGUGGUAAGUCAUCUUGCGUCUUUCAGGUAUAUCGAGGUGGAAGGAGAGGUCCACGAGACACCUUGCCAGGCCUUUGAGGCUUUCCAGACUAUCAAGAUCCCUUAUGCUGAAAAUAAGAAGUUGGAGGCUCCCAUGUCUUCACUAAAGGAGGCUAAAGCUGUGGUUGAAUCUGGUCAUCUUGAAGGAUGGGGCCCAGUUUUGGAUUUACCGAUCAAGCAGGAUAAAUGUGGGAUUGGUUAUCAAGUGGGUCAGAGUUCAUCAAAUGGGGCUCCCAAGAAGCCCGGAACCUUCGUUCCGAUCAAGUUCUCUAGUGCUGGUGCUGUCAAGGAUCAUAUUUGUGCUGCUGAUGAUACAGAUAGCGAUUAUGAUAUCAAGGAAUGGAUCAAGCCAUGUGUUCCGGGACAGAAGCUUCUCAACUGGUCAUCCGAGGACAUCAUCUCAAUUGCUUUUGAUCAAGAGUAA